AUGGGGCUUCAGUAUGAUCCAAAAGCCAACGGAAAUCGAAACCUUUAUUACCACUAUUUAGAUGAACAUAAGCCAGAUAAAUUGAUCGCCAGGAUUCCAAAAGCGGAGGCAUACGAAGUAUCGUUUAAAAUCAGUCAUGAUCACAGAUAUCUCAUAAUAUUCGAUAGUCAAGCGUUGUAUGCCGCAAACAUUGAAUCAUUGGACGAGGAAAUUCAAUUUAAAAUGAUUUUUAAAUUAACUGAAAACAUUUCGUAUGAGUACGUCGGGAAUGAGGGUGAUUUUUUUCUAUUUCUUAAAAAUAUUGGAGCACCAAAGCAUCAUCUUGUUGAAAUUGACAUCACGGAUAAAAAACCAGGACGUAAUUUUGAUGUAGUUGUUGCAGAAAAUCUAAAUGGCCAUGGUGUAUUGAAGACUGCCUAUGCAUUUUCCACGUUUAUACUUCUCAUUUACAUUGAACGAUUCCAGAGUUCCAUGUAUUUAUAUUCAAGUCAAUCGGAGCGUAUCGAAUACAAAAUCGAUUUAAAAAAUGAACAAGUUGUGUCUUCGAGCAUCGAUAAGUAUGGAGUUUUCUUCGAAACGCGAUCAUUCAAAACACCACGAAAAGUGUAUCGAAUCGAGUUUAAUCAGCUUUUAUAUCGUGAGCCAUACGUAACGACUUAUUCGACGAUUGAGCCUGUUCUGUGGAAAGAAUCGAAAAUACCAAAUUUGGAUGAACUGAAAAUAACCGUUCAAUACGAUACAUAUCGUAGUUUCGACGGAACCGAAGUUCCAAUGACGAUCAUUCAAAAGAAACAAAGCGAUUGUUACAGAAAGCCAUGUCUGGUAUAUGCUUACGGUGGAUUUGGUGAUUGUCUACUUCCGAGAUUUGAUCUUUAUUUUCUUCUUUUCGUGGAGUUAUUCAACGGUGUCGUUGUUUUUAUUCACAUUCGUGGUGGUGGUGAGCUCGGCGAUGUAUGGUCAUUAAAAUCAUCGCAAAUCGAAAUCAGUUUUAAUGAUCUAAUAGCCGGAGUGGAGUAUCUAAAAGGAGAAUCAUACACCGAUACGAUCGAUUCGAAUAAAAUCGCAUAUCAUGGCACAUCACAUGGUGGUUUAGUUGGUGCUGUUGUUAUGAAUUUGAGACCAAACUUAUUUACAGCCGUUACCCUGUUAAAUGGCUACUUUGAUUUGAUCAUUGAUCUAUUGGAUGGGGAUCGACUCAAUCAGUAUGGAAAUAUCAACAAAAAACGGAAUUUUGAUGUUAUCAAAAAAUAUGCGCCACUCCUACACAUUCAAUAUCCAACGAGAAGUGAAAGUUAUCCAACAACAUUGAUCGUAGCUAGCAAAAAAGAUGACGUUGUGCCCAUGUCAAACUCAUUGAAAUAUUUAGCACAUCGACGUGAAAAUGCUAAGAAAACUCAAGCGCAACGAGAGAAACCGACAUUAUUCAAGGUUAUAAACAGUGGUGGCCAUAACUAUAGGACAGCAAUAAGGAGAGAUUUUAUCGAUGCUGUUUUUGUUAAAUUAAAAUUUUUAGCCGAAGCUAUGGAGUUGAGGUGCGAUAAAGUAUAUCAAACCAAUUAAUGUGGGCUGUAUGAAGAAAAACAUGUUGAACAUGUUGUCAGAUGUGGAACAGAAUGUACAGGAUCGUUGGCUUAUGUCCAAAUUUUAGAGUAUGGACACAAAAACUGAUUUUAAAAGUGUUCUCUCCAGAGAGUGUUCCCUCUUUUAGCUGCGAUUUCUCUUUUUUUCUACAGAAUUUCGCCAAUCUUGCUCUACCAAAAAUCUAGGUUGCCAAUUUUGUUGUUCCUUUGAUCGAGCGUCACGGAGUUAGAAAAGUGAUGAACAAACUCGAGGUCAACCAAAGAACCAUCCCCAUUCAAAAAGUUUUUCUACACUAUUUUUUAUACACCGUCUCCACUCGCAUUUAGUUCCCAUUUCAUUAGAUACACGUUGACCGUUGAAAUCCAAUGGAAGUGGAGAAUAGUGUAAAGCUGUUUGAAGUUCAUUUUGUUAGAGUAAUGUUGGCGAGAUUCUGUCAGGAAAAUUUGAUGCGCUUGCGCAUUGUGCAACAGUGGGAUAUGCAGCCAAUUGGAGCUCCAGACUCUAGAGAGGAAUGCAAACAAAAAAUGUUCUCCUGGACAUUAUCUAGGACAUAUUCAACUAUCUUCGAUAUUUAUAAUGUCGCCUAAUGAAUACUUUGAACCGAGCAUUCAGAGGAAUUUAACACGUGACACAAACUUUUCCAAUUAAGUAUAUGAAGGAUGCCAUCGUGGGCCAAUAAUUAAAUUGGAAUCAACUUCAUGUAUUUUACUAAGUUUUUAAUGAAAAAAGUUAUAAGUUUUGAAUCUACAGAGCAUACUGACAAGUUGCCAGUGGCAACCUGGCCCGCUUAUCUCAAUCUGUUACCAAUGUGCUGGUAAUCUGCUUAUAAUUGUCAUUAUUUUUUUCUCAUUAAAAUUAAACAGUUCGCACCUAAAUUUAAUAGCACAAAGUCAAUGUAAUCAACAUUUUGUAAAAAAAAAUAAA